AUGGCCCAGGACCACCUGCAGUCUCCGCAUCGUGCCGCUCGGCCCCAUAGACCCCUCCACCCGGCCCGGUACCGAGGGCCGGAACCAAAAGACGGUCGCCAGCGAAACCGCGACACCGGACCUUUGCCCUCCAAGCCUAAGCACCGCCCACUGCCCACCGCCCGCGGGACGGCCACGCCCUUUCUCCUCAAAGUCCCGCCCACCACCGCCGUAGCCAACCAGAAGCGCACAACAUGGCCAGGGAGGUGGGACAGGGGGUGGGUCCUGACUGUGGGUGGCGGCAGGGGCACCCGGGGGAGCCUGCCACACUCUCUCUUCCUCACAGAGGAGGAUUGCCAAAAGUACAUUCUGAAGCAGCAGCAGGAGGAGUCUGAGAAGCCCUUACAGGUGGCCGCUGUCGACAGCAGCGUCCCCCGGACCGCAGAGCUGGCGGGCAUCACCACACUCGACGACCCCAUGGGGCAAAUGCCUGAGCGAUUCGAUGCCUUCAUCUGCUACUGCUCCAACGACAUCCAGUUUGUACAUGAGAUGAUCCAGCAGCUGGAACAGACAAACUACCGGCUGAAGUUGUGUGUGUCCGACAGGGAUGUCCUGCCUGGCACCUGUGUCUGGUCUAUUGCCAGUGAGCUCAUUGAGAAGAGGUGCCGCCGGAUGGUGGUAGUUGUCUCAGAUGAUUACCUGCAAAGCAAGGAAUGUGACUUCCAGACUAAGUUUGCACUCAGCCAGUAUGCAGGUGCCCAUCAGAAGCGAUUGAUCCCCGUCAAGUACAAGGCAAUGAAGAAAGAGUUCCCGAGCAUCCUGCGGUUCAUCACUGUCUGUGACUACACCAACCCCUGCACCAAGUCCUGGUUCUGGACUCGCCUGGCCAAAGCCCUGGCCCUGCCCUGAAGACUGCCCUGGUACCCUGGGUGUCCGUGUGUCUGUCUGCCUGUCCAUGUACUUCUGCCUCUGCCUCCCACUGAGGUUGUAGGGGGAUGCCUUGAGAUGCCAACUCCACGGGCACAUCUGCAGCCACUGCACACUUCUGGACAUCACAUCUCAUGUCCUGCGUGGAACCAGCGGCUGCCAGUGGAUGUGCCAGCUGGGACUAAGAGGCACCAUCUCUGACCCAUCCACUCACCUGAGACCUCAGUUUCUCUGCCUGGUAACUCGUGGGGUGGGGAGAAGAGGCAGUAGCUAUGUUCGAAUCACUGUGGGAAAUGGUGGGGCCUUGUUCUGGGUCUCCUAGGGGAGCCAGAUCUUGGCUGGGAGAGAGCUGGCCGCUGGAGCCCUAAGCUGGUUACUGCCAGGGCAGUUGCUUCCACAAUGGUGCCUACUCAUUGCCCACCUCACACCUCACUUCCUCCUGCCCCACGGGGUAGAUACUGGCCUAGCACAGAGAUCCCGCCUUUGAGCCUGAUUCCCCCGUGGGUUCACCUCCAUCUGCCUCUUGGAUUCCUCCCAGCCUCUUCCCACCUUCAGUGUGACAAGUCCUCGGAGCGGUUAGGGCUGCUUUUCACUUCAGCCCAUCCAGGUGCCUGUGGUCACCUCCCGCCCCUGCCUGGCAUAGGAUGGGACCCACCAAGUUGGGUUCCGAGGCUCGAUCACCCUGGUGGGAUAAGCAAGAAACCUCCCUCCCUGGGCCGCCCACAGAGCUUUCCCACCGACUUCUCGUACCUUGAUUGCCUUACAAAGUUGCUUGCUGGGACCAGUUUACAAACCACAUAAGAGCCUCCUGCCCCAGAGCUUGUGGGCACAUGGACAUACAUACAUUCAAACACACACAUCAUUUUCCCCAC